CACGACUCACGAGAACCGACACUUUGGUACCAAGUCAUUGCCAAAAUUAUGUAAACAUGACAGUUUUCGUUUUCUGCAGUCUGGGACAAGUUUCCAUGUGUUUGACCAAGGACGCUUUGCCAAGGAAGUUCUGCCAAAGUACUUUAAACACAAUAAUAUGGCGAGCUUUGUUCGACAGCUCAACAUGUAUGGUUUCCGUAAGGUGGUGAACAUCGAGCAGAGCGGUUUGGUGAAGCCGGAGAGAGACGACACAGAGUUCCAACAUCUGUACUUCCUCCAGGGACAUGAACACAUGCUGGAGCACAUCAAGAGGAAGGUAUCCAUAGUGAAGAGUGAGGAGACCAAAGUUCGUCAGGAGGACCUCAGUAAGCUUCUGUAUGAAGUCCAGCUCCUCAGAACACAACAGGACAACAUGGAGUGUCAGAUGCAAGACAUGAAACAGCAGAACGAAGUGCUGUGGAGAGAGGUGGUCUCUCUGAGACAGAAUCACACACAGCAACAGAAAGUCAUGAACAAGCUGAUUCAGUUCCUGUUCAGCCAGAUGCAGUCCAACACACCCAGCACUGUCGGACUAAAGAGAAAGCUGCCCCUAAUGUUGGACGAUGGCUCUCCCAGCCCUCCUGCCUCCAAGUUCAGCCAUAACCACCCAAUGGAGGCCAUGCAUGAGCCCUUCUACAUCCAGUCGCCAUCCAGUGAUACUGCUUCCUGCUCUGCGAGUGGGCUGACAGGAGGACCAAUUAUAUCUGAUGUUACUGAUAUGUCUCAGGCCAGUAUGGCCCUUCAGAUGCAGCCUGAUGAGGCCAGGGAGAAGUGCAUGAUGCUUAUCAAAGAGGAGCCUGUGAGUCCAGGAGUGAGAGGAGGAGGGAAAGGAGGCAGUGUAGGGGGAGGAGAGGCCAUAGCGUUGAGCUCUUCCUGUGAGGUGUGCUCCUCAGAACCUCCGGUCCUCCCCGUCGCAAUGGUCCAGUCUGUUCUGGAGGGGAGGGGCUCUGUGGCUUCUAUGGUGGAGAGAAGGAGUAAGAGACCUGCCAUGGACAGAGUGGAGGUUUCAGAUGCAGUUGAGAAUGUGGACAUGAGCCUGGAGGAGCUGCAGCAGCUGCUGCUCAGGAGCCACCAGCAGAGUACUUUGGAAGCUGGGACCAGCGCUGUAAUGGAUCCCUUCAGUUUAAGCCUUCCUCUGACUGAGUGGAACUUCACAGAGAUGGAGUCCAAUCUCAAAUCAUACAUGUUCCAGAACCAGGAAGCGGAGGCUUUUCCAGCUUCUGGCUGUGAGGAACAGUGAUCGAUUUGUGCUGUGGACUGUCUUUUCUGAAGUGGAAGGCCACAGAAGCUGCUGUUCCCCUCCUUAUUCCACUCUGCAUGGGUUUGAUCUCACGGCCCAACCAGGCUGUUUCAUACACAAGACUUUACUUUCUUUCUUUCUAUUUACAUACCUACAAAAUGCAGCAAAGCCUUUAUCCUUAUAUUUCCAGGCCAGCUGACUGCCAGAGUCAGCCACCAGGUCUGUGGGCAUGACUGCUGCCUGCUUGAAGAAAGACGCUGGUCUAAGUUUUUCAUAGUUAAACAAACAAGUGUGUUAUGACAUAAUUAUAUCUAGACUCCAGUUUUAAGCCAGCUGGAUGCAGACAGUGCAUUCUUGGCUCCAGCACUUUAGUCUUUGUGUGAGAGGGAGUUCCUGCUUGUGGAAGUGACUUUUUCUUCCUCUUCUGUAUAAAGAAGCUAUUACGGAUGUACAAAUGAAUAUUUUUUAUUAUUUUAUCCUAAUUACAAAAAUACUGUAUUCGUAUCCAAGAGAAAACUUUGGCAAAUCUUGGGGGCCGAUGUAGCAUACUGUAUAUUAUAAGUUAUGUGAUUUAUUUUUCAGUCUGUGUAAGGGUGUUGACAAUUUAAGGGCUCCUCAUAUAUUUCAUGCAUUUCAAAUCAUGAUGAAUGUGUUGAGAUAGAUCUGAAGUGAGUUAGACUUCCGUGAUAUGAAAGGUUCUUCUAGCGAAAUGGAUUUAAGCCACUCUAAAAUCUGAUAAGAAACCUUUAGUUUUUUUUAAGCAUAUCAUAAUAGGAGGUUUUACACACUGCAGCACCCAUCUAAUGUAUGAUUGCACAGGCCUGACAUGUAGCUAGAGACUUAGAGUUACUUCUCUUCUGUCCAUUUAAAUGUGAAGUUUAAAGGAAAUAUUAAAAGAUAGACUUCUCAUUUGACACAACCAUGAACACCACUGCAUUUUUGCACAAUAUGUAUCACUAGUUAUAGUUCUGACAACAGGUCAUUUAUUCUCUGUUUGUAGAUGACCAACACGUUGUUGCUCUACACAUGCAUGUCUAAAAGAGAGACUGGCCUCAAUAACAAGGUUUUUCAAAACUCGAAAGCAAAAAUGUAGUCUCGGAGACAUGAUGUCUCUGAAUGUUACUACUGUUUUUAUUUGGAAACAAAGGCCACAUGUUGAGUCAAGCCUUGACUGUGCAUAGAACAUAGAAACCCUGAGACAAAGUCAAGACAAUGAGAUGCUACUUUUCAUACUUUGUAAAAAAAUAAAAUACAAAAUAAAUAAAAAAGAAUAUUCAACUGUCUAGGAGCCAGUCUUCUAAAGGAUUUUAUUAUGGUUGACUGCGUUUCAUUAAAUGUAUGGUGGCGUGGUUAUUUGAGAACGGAGUCGGUUGUAGAACCAUGAAUACCUGCUUGAAGAAAUCCAUAUUAAUUUUCUGGAUUACAAAAGAUAAUCAAUAACCAUUCGAAGUAAAAUAUUAGUCCUCAUCACUGGUUGCAGGCAACAGUUUAAAGGGUUAACUUAUUGAUAAAUAUUCCUCUGGGAAACUUCCUAGAGAUGAGUUGAAUCGUGCAAUACUGUACAGAAUUGUGAGAACUCACAAAAUUGCAAUACAUGGAUGACCAUAGGAAUGUAGGAAACAGCAACUGUGAGUGGUGGACUGGAACUCACCAUGGUGAGAUGCACUGCAGAAGGAUGAUGUUAGCAUGCGAGUCUAAAAGCCCUGCAAGCUCUUUACUCUGAGUCGGACAAAAGCUUCAACGUGUAGUUUCAGUUUUAGGGAAACGCACACGUGCUAUGCUUCAGCUUAGCCUACGGCAAAGCUACGGCGGCUAUGUGUGUAGCUCUGUAGCUAAACUGUAAACCCUUAAUGCAGAACUACACAUCCAGCUUUAGGAAUGCUUUUUUUUGCACAGAAAAGCUGGACAUUUGGUCCCCUCUGUGUAUCCAAAAGGCUGAUUCAGGCCAAAAAGAUUUGAACUGACUGAACAACCAGCCAACCAGACACGGCGCUGCUGGCGAGGCUGAAAGGGAAGCGAUUUGCAUUAACUUUUUGAAAAGGGCAUUGCAUUAGACAUUCUGAAUUCAUAAUGCUGUAACUUUGCAUUGCGAUUAGCUACAGUGUGAUUCUGCAAAAACUAGAAAAGCAAUUCCUCUGACAUAGACAUGAUUACAACGGAGGGGUUUGUUUCUGCGAUGCGCUCAGAAAAACUUGCUCAUAGCUGUGUUCAUAUUGUGUAGAUUUACAGAGAUAUUAUAUUGGAUUUUCCAAAUUAAAAAGCUAAUGCAAACUGCCCCUUGCAGGUUAACAUCUUUAGGGCAGACGCUCCUUCUUUGUGCAUACUUUGGGGAGAAGGGAGAAAAAACAAGCUGUGGUGUAUAACAAGUGAAAUUGCACUAAAAAUCACAGUUGUAUGAUAUUUGAGAGUAUACAGUACAUUUUAGACAUAGCAUUUAUUCUUGUUCCUCAUGAUAAUAUGAGUGUUAAUGAUUUUUUUUUUUCAAGGAGUGAUGAAUACACACAUUCAGUUGCUGUUCUUAAUUUAUUCUGUUUUCCAUUUUAAUCAUUUGCACUGGAAAUGAACGGAUGUGUGUUCAAAUGACAUUUAUGCUUGUCAGGAUUGCAUAUAGAUAAGGAAGUAUUUUUGUUAACUGAGUGAAAAGUUCUCUGCUGUAACAAAGCCUGGCAUCCCAAAAGCACUUCUUCACUGCCAAUGGACAACAAUACAUCAGCAUAUUAACAUAUACAGUAUAUUAACAAAACAUGGACAGCAAAACCCUUUCUUGUUACAACAAAGUGCACCUGCUUUCAAUAUAGACACACAGGCAACCUUAGUGCUUAGAUGUGUUUGAAAGUGGGCCACAACCUGCUUAAAAUGUGAAUAGUUUUUUGCAAAGACUAAAGUGUAUUGUUACAGAGAGUCAAGAAAAUUGAACAUGUAUUCCACCUGUGUAUCACAUAUUUUAAGUUGUUAAAACAAAUAAAAGUGAAAGAAAGAAGACUAAGAUACAUUUUUGAUUACUUCCUUUGAAUUGGUAUUUGAAUUGUUGUAGAUUUACCAUCUGCAAAUGCAUUUCCUUGUGUUUACGAUUAACAAUGCGAUGUCCAUCUCAGCAACUGUGACGGGGGACCGCAGCCCGGUCAAGCUUCAUAAGCAAUGCAAAAGUAGUUAACUACAGUAGUAACUGUUCUUAAGUAAAUGAAUAUGUGAAGCAUAGCAGCAUUUACAAAACUACAGUAACACUUGAAGUCAAUUUUAUUGUGAGACUAAAACAUUUCAGCUUCUGGCCUUCAUCAGAUGACGCUCAUGAAUGGAUGUAUAAAGUAGCCUAUUGAUUAUAUAGGAUUGCAUUUCCUUAUACUGUUGCCAAGAGCAUGUAUACAUUAAUAGGAUGUGGUCUAAGGAUCGACC